CCAUUCGUCCAUACCACAUCUGACACAAGCAAAGAUGAAAUUUCAGCUAGAAAGAAAUGUGAGCGAAUACCCAACAAGUCAUCUGGUAAAGGUGACAAGAGUCAGCCUGGCAAGAAAUGUGAGAAAGUAUGCCAUCAUAGGUCGUCCCAUACUAAGGAAGACAAAAUUCAGACUAGAGAGAAACGGAAAUCAGCCAGCUGUAGUUCAUCUACUAAGCCUGACAAAGCUCCAGCUUCUGGAAAACCUUAUGAGUGUGGUGAAUGUGGGAAGGUCCUCAGCCAUAAACAAGGACUCAUUGACCAUCAAAGAACUCACACCGGGGAGAAGCCAUAUGAGUGCAGUGAGUGUGGGAUAGCUUUUAGCCAGAAGUCCCACCUUGUUGUACAUCAGAGAACACACACUGGGGAAAAACCCUAUGAGUGUGAUCAGUGUGGCAAAGCUCACGGUCAUAAGCAUGCCCUCACUGACCAUCUAAGAAUCCAUACUGGAGAAAAGCCCUAUGAAUGUAAUGAAUGUGGGAAAACCUUUAGACACAGCUCAAAUCUUAUGCAACAUGUGAGAUCUCACACAGGUGAGAAGCCUUAUGAGUGUAAGGAAUGUGGCAAAUCCUUUAGGUAUAACUCAUCUCUUACUGAGCAUGUGAGAACGCACACAGGUGAAAUACCAUAUGAAUGCAAUGAGUGUGGCAAAGCCUUCAAGUAUAGUUCAUCUCUGACUAAACACAUGCGAAUUCAUACAGGUGAGAAGCCAUUUGAAUGUAAUGAAUGUGGGAAAACUUUUAGCAAAAAGUCACACCUGGUUAUACACCAGAGAACUCACACAAAAGAGAAACCUUAUAAAUGUGUGGUGUGUGGAAAAGCCUUUGGACAUAGUUCAUCUCUUACUUAUCAUAUGAGAACUCACACGGGUGACUGUCCCUUUGAAUGUAAUCAGUGUGGUAAGGCCUUUAAGCAAAUCGAAGGCCUUACUCAACACCAGAGAGUCCAUACAGGGGAGAAACCCUAUGAAUGUGGUGAGUGUGGGAAAGCCUUUAGCCAAAAGGCACACCUCAUUGUACACCAGAGAACUCAUACUGGGGAGAAACCCUUUGAAUGUGGUGAAUGUGGAAAAGCCUUCAAUGCAAAAUCCCAGCUUGUUAUACACCAGAGAGCCCACACUGGAGAGAAACCCUAUGAAUGUGGUGAAUGUGGUAAAGCCUUCAAACAAAAUGCUUCUCUUACCAAACAUAUAAAAAGCCAUUCAGAAGAGCAAUGUCAUGAGAGUAACUAAUGCAGGAAGUCUGACAAUUGACUGCUUUGGUCUUGGUUAAUGUUUAAAGAUGUCCUCGAUAUGAUGAAUGUUAGGAAAUCAUUUCUUGUUACACAGGAGACGAUUUGAAUAUGGACCUUUACAUGAGAGCAAUGGAUGUUAAUAAAAUUUAAACCUGAUCCUAACCCCUUACAGAAAAUACUGUAUUUUUACACUAAUUAUACACAAUCUCCAUAUUUGGAUUAA